CACCGCACGGAGACGCAGUUGCUCCGAACAUACUAUCGUUGUUGUCAAAAUUGUGAACUACUAACAUACUGACGAUAAAAUACACAAAAAAAUGUAUCGAUAGUAAAUAGCGUGGCGGAACUGUGAUCGAGUUCUGGCUUCCUAUUGUUAAAGAGAAGAUACAUUUGGAAGGACAUAACCUGAACGGACCCAUUCAACUUGGAAAUGGAAAAUCCUCCAAAACAAUGCACAAAGUCUGCAUGUAAUGGAACUACAAACAGUCCAAAGGCGGAGAAGCCUACAAAAGAACACACAAAUUCUGCCAGGGAUGGGAGUACAAGCAGACUAGAGCCAGAAACGAAUCCAAACCAACAAACAAAUUCUGCCAGUGUUGGGACUGCAAUCAGACAAGAGCCCAGCAACUUUCCAGUCAGAGAGCCAAUCACUGAUGCAGAGAGGGGACUUCCCGAAGAUUGUUGCUGUAGUUUCUCCCUCACGAAGGACUCCAUCAUCGAUGCUCUCAUGUGUCUGAGCUACUUCCCAGUCAAAAAACCUACCACUGUUGCAGAGGUGGUAGCUCUCAACGAUUGGUGCUGUGGACUGUCCCUCGAGACGGGCGCCAUGAUCGCUGGUGUCCUGUUCCUGGUAUGGAGCCUUGUGCAGAUUGCGGUAUCAUCACUCAUUUUGUUCGUGCUGGGCACCUACUACCGUUUAUAUAAGGCAGGAUCAGUUACUGAUAUAGUGACGACUGCAUACUUUAUAUAUUAUAUUAUCGAGGCUGUCUGUAACAUAAUUCUCCUCCAUGGAAUCGUCAAGGCAAGGACUGUCUUGUUUUUACCAUGGUUGAUUAUUAAAACCCUGGGGGACAUAGCAGUGAUCGUAAUAGCUGUUAUCGCAUGGUCUGCUGUCUUUUGGUACGAACGUCCUUCCGUCGGUAUCAGUAUAUUUUUUAUGUGCAUCAUCUACUUGUUGCCCAAUGUAUACUUCCUGCGAGUUGUCUACAGCUACUACUGGAUGCUCGAAAAGAACCCAGAGUCUGACAGGCUGGUACCUAAGAAUGAGAAUGUAUAGUUGUGAACAGAGAUGGUAACUUUUGGCAGUUUGAAUCACAAUUACUUCUGUGAAACACUUAGCUGAUGAAACUCCUUUGGACGUCUGUGAAUGUUGAAGGAAAAACGGUUAUUAUUAUUAGUAUUGGUUUUGACAGUGAAUCUAGAAUCCAUGUACUUCGUUUAUCGUUAAUAGUGUCCACACUUUAUAAGUCAGACUAGACUUACUGCUUCCAUUCUCAUAAACAGUGCAUUUCAUAAAUGAUUCCAGAGACUAUUGAAGGGUACAAGAAUUCAUUUUGCAAUGUUUUCCAUUGACUUUUGUGUAUAUAACCGUCAACUGUUGGAUCUUGUAAAGCAUAGUUCAGUAGUCGCUAUUCAGUGUUGUCGGAAAAAACGUAACUAUUUAUUUUCAUUAUGUGUGUCACUGUGACUGAAUUUCAAUUUUUGUAAUGUAAUGAUGAUCUUCACCCAAUGUUACAUGUAAUUUGUAGGCAAAAAAUAAGACUUUUUGACGAUUUUAUUUUAUUAAAAGAAGAUUAAUGGUUGAAUGUAUUUUUAUUGAAGUCAAUAAAUGAAAAAUUUCUGUUCCAUGA